CUAUACUAGCUAACACUCUCCACGGGGUCGAUUAGCUAAGCUAGCAUGGACACAAAGGCGUGCAUCUCGCUUGUAAUCCUCGCGCUCGUGCUUGCCGGCCCGGACACGAGGGCUGCGGCGCUCACCGGCAUCGACGCUGCGGUGGCUGUAAUGCCAACGUCGUCAUCUUCCCGCAUAAAGCUUGGGGACGGCGUGGCGCCUGAGCUCCUGGAUUCGACGACGGUGGACCUGAAGGGGCACCGCCGCGUCCUCGCCGGCGGAGGCAUCAGCGCGGGUUCCCUGAACUCCAACAAGGCAGCCUGCACCAGGACGUGCCCGGCACACGGAGGGCCCUACACCGGCCGGCCAUGCCUCCGAAGGUACCAGUGCCGUUAGUGGGAGUGAACGGAACAGCCCGUCCGAUCAGUGUUUUACUGUAUAUUUCCAUUUCCGUUUUGCCCGUGUCGUUUGCGAUCGCCAUGUUUCUUGAAGUACGUAUAACUUUGCACGUAGUCUUGUUUGUACAACUGUUGAGUGGGGUUGAUUGUACCAUCCAAUCAUGAUCGAAAGCAAAUAUAUGCUACAUA